CAGCAACAACAACAGCAGAACAGAACGCACGAGUGUGCCAAUAACUAAUGCGCUGUUUUAUAGCGCGCCCAUAAUACGCUGCCGAGAUCGGGCAGCGUAACAUGAUCAUACUGAGAGUGUUUGUAGAUGCAGCAAACAAGUUGUACUGGGAUUCAGCUCUCACCAUCCCGGUGACAGAGGUGUUAUAUCAACCUCAGGGUCCGGUGACAAAGGUGUUAUGUUAACCUCAAGGUUCUGUUGCCCUGUAUCUUGACAAGGCCUUGACAAUCCAGCUCACCCUCAACAAAAUCACAUGUACAGGUGCAGGUUCCACCGGUAUUCCUUCUCCAACCACCACAGCUCUGCUAUCCCCUGCCACCCCUACCAGCCUCCUUCCUUCCUCUGGCUGGCCUACCUUUGAUACAGAAAUGCCUCCAACGACCACUGAGUCUGCUCCUGCUGUUCCUCCUCCUCUUCCUCCUCCACAUCAGGUCUUUACCAGAGAACAGACUCUGUUCCUAAUUGACUUGAUGCGUGAGCACCUGACUAGCAGUGAUGCAGAUUUGCCAAAAUCUUUGGCUGAGUUGGGGGCUAGAGUGCGAAUGGCACGUGGCCAAAAAAGGCUGUUUUGGAUGGAAAUAGCACAGAAAGUAACCGAGCUGUUUAAUUUGCGGUUUGAUCAGGCAAAAGUUGCAAGAAAGUGGGCAACCCUAGAGGAUGCUUUCAAAAAAAUAAAAGACAACAACAAAUCAACAGGCAGGGGUGUCGUGAAGUUUGAAUUCUAUGAUGAAAUGGAAGCACUGAUUGGAGGAAAACUUGAUGUUGACUUCCCAGUCAUAGGCACUGCAAGGGGUGUGGAGAUCAAGAAACCAGAGACACUUAUACGGGAUACUUCACGGCCCAGUUCUCCUUGGCUGAGUGAGCUGUCCUCACAUAGUUCCUCAACCACUGCCAGCAGGCCAUCAUCUCCAGAGCCUUCAGCUUCCUCUGAAUCCUCAAGUGCAUCCACCAUUGCUUCUGCAAGUCAUCACAGGAAGAAAAAGCAUGUUGGGUGGCAUGAUCAAGUUCUUCAGUUCCUAAUGGAAUCCGAGGAAUCCGAGAGGCGACAUGAGGAGAUCAUGCAUCAGAUGAUUGCAUCACAGAAGUCUUUUGACAGCCUAAUACGUGGUCUUUUGGAAAAACAGUAAAGCUUACUCCUGCACGUAUUUGUAAAUAUGUUCUUUAGAGCUGUGUGCCAAACACUGUUAUUAAUGUAUUUUUAAAAAUGCUUGGUAUUCUCUUGGUUGUUCGAUGUGUAUUUGGAGCUGCUUUUGCACACUCGUAUUAAUAAGCAGUGGUACUGUUCAAACUAUUGGGAAUUUAAAGGUUGUUCUUAUUUGUUUUUUUUUUAUAAGGACCUAAUUUUGUCAUUUUAAAGUUUAGUAACUUUAUGUAAAUAUUUGUUUUCUUGUUUCCACAUUUGUAUUUAUAUUAUGUAUAUCUUCAUCCACUUAAUUAAAAUCAUUUAUUUGUUUCUUUGCUAAGUUAGAGACCUGUGUGUUUAUAUUUUUAAGAAGACUGGUCACAUAAUUUGAAAAUCCUUGUUUUAGUUAUCACAUUGCUAGUAAGCCAAGGACAUUUUUACCAAAUGUUGGUUAAAGUCUGGAAAACAGUUUCUGUUCAUUAUGAUACUACAGCAUUUUCUAACAGAUAACUGCCACAAAGUUGUUGACUCAACUUUAUGGGAAACCUUUUGAAAUAAAUGUCAAAUUAAUAUA